UCGUAGUCAUAUGUACUGCUUCCGGGUUUCUGUGCAGUAAAGUCGGCAAGCUUGGUCCCCCCGUUUCUGGAAACCUGCUAUGGAGGAUUGAUAUUUGCUUCGUAUUUUCAACGCUGGUUGUCAUCGACGUCGUUUCCUAGAUUUGUAAAUCAUCAUGGUCGUUGAUCUGUACGAACCACAGUACCUGGCCCUCAUUGUGUUUGGGGGCUUUGUGGCACUCUCCUUCGUGGUCUACGCGUUCUCGGCUUUUGGAAUCCAAGAGAAGUCGUACGAGCAAGCUGUUGCUGAGCAACGGGCGAGGCUGGAGAAGGAGCAGAUACAGCAGAGAGAAGGCAAGCGUCAGAAGCGCAAGCAGUUCUUUGAGAAGAAGAAACGUGAGCGGGAAAAGCAUGAUAGCUCUCCAGGAAUUCUGCGCCAGGAGGUUGCACAGGCCAUUGAUCCUUACGUGGAGGAGGUAGAACAGGCACCUCCAACUCCACCGCCAGUCAAAGAGGAGAAGGUGAAGCCAGAGAAGGUGAAGCCAUCGCCAAAGAAACCCAAGCAGCCAAAGCCCCCGAAGCAGUCGCCAGUUGAAGAGACCAUCUUUGAGGCCAAACCUGCUCCAGUCCAGGAAACUCUUCCUCCUCCAAAAGAAGCUCAUACAACCAAGAGCAAGCCACCAAAGGUUGUCGAGGAGCAGGUGCAGAAGAAGGAAGCACCGGUAGUGGCUGCUGCUGCACCACCCCUAGCUUCUCCUAGCAAAGCCAAGGCUAAGGCAAAGACUGCUGCUGGUGAUGGAGACCCCUCAGCUUUAAAGGGAAAGACCCUGAUUUCUGCAGUGAAAAGUGCCCCCUUGAAGGAUGCAGAGAUCCAACAACUGAUUGAAAUUCUUCUCAACCGUCAAGGAGGAUCUGCAUCUGCUGAUGACUGGGUCAAGGCUAAUCAGAGGAAUGACCCAGUUUCUGCUCUCAAGAAACAGCUCCAGGAGAAAGAACAGGCUCUCCACAAUGAGAUGCUUCUUGCCCAGGCUGCCUCCCAAAAGGUGAAGGAGUUACGUCAUGAGUUGAACCACCAGAAGGAGCAUUCAGGAAGUGUAGAGACACAGUUUAAGAUGAAGCUUGAUAGCCAAGCUCGUGAGAUUGAAGCUUUCCAUGUUCGUAUGCAACAGAGCCAUGAUUCCCACACCCAUGACACCCAAGCCCUUCAAGCCCGUAUCAAGCAGCUCCAGACUGUAUUAGAUGAAUCUAAGGUAGAUGUCGUGAAUCAGCUUAGAGAAGAGAACAACAGACUCAAGACUGAAGCAGGACAUGCUGCUCAACAGAAGGAGCAGCUAAUGGGUCAGGAGCUGGCCCGUCUUCAGACGGAGCUUCAGAAGGUCCAGAGUAAACUCACAUCUACAGAGGACUUGAUGAGGCAGGGAGAGGAGCAUCGUAGAACACUAGAAACACAGAAUAACCAAUUCAAACAACAGAGGAGUAGUGAACAGCGUGAGAGUGAAGCAGCCCUCUCAAAGAGGUUGGCUGAAGUCGGUGAGGAGCUGAGGAAGGCCGAGGCUCAUAACCAAUCCCUUGCCCAAGCCAUGGAGGCUGCUAAUGGAGAGACGGAGAAGUUCAAAGGUCAAGUCACAGAGUUACGUCGUCUAGAUGGAGAUAGGAACAACACACUACAGGCAAUACAGGCAAAAUUGAAGGAAUCUGAAUGCCAAUGUCAGAAUCUGGAAGGUAAAGUCAGGACUGUGGAGAGUCAGUUAGCAGAGAAGGAACAACAGAAAACACAGGCUGUACAAGAAGUAGAGAAUCUGAAGAAGGAAAAAGAUUCCCUCCAAGAAAUGUUAAGGACCCAAGAAAAGAGGUCAGAAGCUGAAGGUCAAGAAGCUCCGCCCCCUGCCAACGGCGAUGUAACUCAGACAGACUCCGCCCCCAAAGAGCCUUCGAUCCUCCUCAAGGAGCACAAUAAUUUGUUAGCAGAUAAGACGAAAGCAAUAGAGGGAUUAGAGCAAGAGUUGAAUUCAAGUAAAUCCGAGCUUACACAACUGCAGUCAUUGAUUGAGCAGCAGAAACAGAGGAAUAAUAACCUACGGGAGAAAAAUCGGAAACUAAUGGAGGUGGUGUCCGCAGCUGAGCAAUCCAGGGCAGAAAAUGCCGGACAGACAGCUAAGACAUUAAAGGAUGAAAUUCAAACUGCCAUAGUGAAAGAACAGAGUUCUGUGAAGACAGUGCUAGAGAGGUUAUUCCCUACUGUAACAUUAGAACCUUCACAGGAUAACAAGGACUGGUUGGCUAAAUUUGAAGAGCAAGCAGGCCAGGUACUUAGCAGUCAAUCUUCUUCAAAUUCGCAGGUUGAUGAAUAUGUACUAAAGGUGAAUACGUUAGAAGCAGAAAAAGAGCAAUUAUCAUCACAGUGCCAGCAUUACCAAUCUGUUUUAGCUGAUACGGGCUCGUACUGGUCGAACUGGUUGAUGUUGCAGGAGGGAAUGGUCAACAAGCUCCAGCAAAGCGUGGAGACCGAGGAGGAGCGCUUCAAGGGUCGGAUCCAUACCCUGGAGGCGGAGAAGGAGCAGCUUGAUAGGAAAUGCAAGGAGCUCCAGGGAGCCGGCGUAUCGCGAGGAGGCCAGGAGGCCUUGAAGAGGCUAGAAGAUAAAAAUAGGGAGCUCUCGGAUCAGAACGAGGAGCUGGAGAGGAGAGUCGAGUCUGCGGAGGAGAGGUUAGAUGCGGCGGAGGCGAGGUUGAGAGAUCGAAUCGGAGAGAUGGAGAAGGAGAAGGUUCAACUCACUGCGCAGUGUCAUCACUACCAAGUGGUGUUGAAAGAAACCGAGGCGAUUCUUAACAAACUUCAGAGUAGUGUAGAGACAGAAGAGGUUAAAUGGGAAGAGAGGUUAAAUCAAACGGAAUCCAAUCUAGGCCAGGCUAAAUCUGAAGUCAACUCAUUACAACAAGAAUUGGCUUCAUUGUCUUCUUCCCAGUCACAGGCCCAUUAUGCUGAACAGUAUGAAAUCCCCAACAUGAAGACCACUGAAAAUUCAAGGUUAUCCUCCGAGCUCGAGGAGGCCCAGGCCACGAUAGAAACACUCAGGCGGGACCAAGAGGCGGCGGCAUCGAACUACGAGACGACAAGCCAGGAAUUAGAAGAAUUGAAAACGCAGCUUCAUCAGUUGAAAGAACAGUUGGAAGCAGCCAAUCAGAGGGUAGAACAGAGCCACGACAGAGAGGAAGAAAACCAGGAGACCAAGAAUAGGCUAUCUUCAUCUGAAGCGGAAGUGAAGAGGUUAUCCGCUGACCUGGAGCAAGCCAAGGCCAAGUUGUCUGACCUGCAGUCAAAGGUCACAUCCGCCGAUGGUCAAGGUGAAGAGGUCAAAGCUCUCCAGAAACAACUAGCUGAAUCUCAGAGCAGGCUGGAUGCCUCGGAGAAGGAGAUCAGCUCCUUGAAAGAGGCAGCGGCUUCAGCUCCAGCUGGAGGGGAUGAUGGAGCAAAGGAGAAGCUCAUCAAGGCUCUCAUUGAGGCUGAGGAGAAGGCUUCUGCUCAACAGAAGGAAAUCGCAACUUUGAAUGAUAAUCUGAAGAAAGAGAAGACACUCACCCAAGACCUAGGAAAGGCAGCUGCCAAGCUUCAGGCUAUGUUAAAGAAAACCCAGACAGCUCUGAACACGGAGAAAGACACAGUGGCUAAACUCAAGAUGCAGAACGGGGCCAAAGAGGGGGCCCAAGGGAGUACGUCAUUGACAGAAAGCCAAGUAGAAUUGCAACUAGCAGAUGCGGCCAAUGAGGAGACGAAACAAGCCGAUGGUACAGGGGUAUAGCCGAUGCAGUCGUCUCGUUGAUACAGCAGCAGCAGUAGCAUCACCAGCCCUCCUUUAACGAUACAGUGCAACUCAUAUACACAACGGCCAAUACCUUGUUCCAUUGUAUACACUUCUGCAUGCUUGACUCAUAUCAGUAAUAGGGUAGAUUGUUAUUAUUAUUACCGUUAGUAAUUAUACUGUACUUAAGCAAUUCUAUGUAGUGCACAGGCCAGGUCUUGGUAUAUCAGAAUAAGAAUAUGGAGCAUCUCUUUUCUAAAGAUAAUGCCCUUAAAAAUAUAUAAGGUGGAAUCUAAAGGAAAGUGGUAUUAUAUAAAGAGGUUUUUAUUUUGUUCUAGCCAGUGUAUGCAUUGAUUCAAAGUAAUACCCUAACAAAAUAGUAAGUAACAUUGAAAAAAAAUGUUUAUAUUGGUUAAAUAGAUGAAAUCUCUAGUAUUUUUUCUCUCUUUUCAUUUUUGUUCUUGGUUCCAUGUUUGGUUUUUUUUUGUUGAAUAAUUUUCUUAGAGCAACAGAUCUCGGUAAGUUUCUUUUCAAGAUCUGGGAGAUUUCAUUGUGAUUUAUUUUUGUUUAUCUUUAAUAAUUAAACGUAUAAUCAUUCUUUCAUUGCAUCCAUUGAGCUUCCACCAAUGUUAAAGAAAACAAAAACAAACUGAACUGUGAUGCACUUUUCAAGGAUGGAUCAGAACUUUAAAGAUGCUCUGGGUAGAUGUUAGAUAUUCUUUGUAUUAAUCUUGCAAAAAAAAAAGAAAGACAAGUAAUGUAUUGUAGCAAAUCUAGAUCAAUUUGAAAAGGAAAGAAUGUCCUGAAAGUGAAUGUUGAUUCACUGCCAUUUAUUUCAGCUUCUUUACAUUCCUGCACAUAAACAACUAGGCCCGUAUUCUGAAGUCAGGUUUGACUUAAACUCAGGUUUGAAGUUGUAGUUUAAGUAUGGACAGCCAAUUGUUACAUAAUCACGAACAGUAGAUUUAUCAUACUUUCAGCUCAUUUGUCUCUCAAAUCAUUCAUAAUUGUGUAAGAAGUAUAAGUAGAUGAUUGUCGUCACCAUCGAUGAAUCAGGAAAGAGCACAGUAAACAUAAGAAACAUACAACUUAAUAAAAAUUUUGAUAUUUUUGGCUUCCCAUACUUAAACCACAACUUUAAACCUGAGUUUAAGUUAAACCUGGCUUCAUAAUAUGGGCCCUAGGGUAUAUAUUGACAUUUCAUAGAUCUGGCUAAGAUAAAACAGUGGAUGAAAUUGCCUUGCUUUGUGAAGAUUGCUUGAUAUUUCACUUUGGCAUGAAUCUGUUGAGGUCUUUCUAGAAGGUAGCAUUAUGAUGGGUUUAUAUUUGGGACCGAUACCUUUCCCCAUUUAAAUGAAAUGGCAAGACACUGUCAAGAUCAAGAAAUCAUAGCAUAACGUUGUAAUGAAAUGAUAACCAGACUCAGCAGUGUUGGACUUAUUUAAUUCAUAAUUAAAAAUCAUUUUCAAGAUAUGGUUUUAAGUUGGUGAUGAAUGAAUAGAUUUGAAAUCUUGCCUGCUGUGAAUAAUGCAUGUAAAGUCAAAUUCUACCUCUGUAUUUCACUAAUAUUAGGAGCCAAGUUUUUAUGACGAUAUGGGUAGAUCGCAAGAUGGGAAAUAGGAAGAGGAUUAAAACCUACUCUUGCAUACUGUAGUGCUAACAUCCACUCACACUGUAUGACAGUGCAGUUGUACACAUCGAGGACAUAUUCCUCACUCACAAGAUACACUUAUAUUUUCCAGAGAGCACUGCCCAAUGCUGUUCACACAAAAAGUGCACCAUUUAUUGUCAAUACACUAAUAAUGUCAAGAAAACAAGUACACCGUAAUGUGAUAGCAUACCGUGGAAGGAUUGUUGCAUUUCAUUUGCAUUGUUCUUUAAGCUGCCAUCUUCCCAACUGCCAAUGUUAUUAAUAGUAAGGUCCCUCAUAGCUCGUUCCAGAAUCGAGUGGCGUGUUCCCACUGCCAAAUUAUUAGAUGCUAAAAUUGACUCAGCAUGGGUGGCAAAACUUACAGUAACACCAUUGUCUGUAGUAGUAUUUACUGAUAAAGAUUGAUUUGUCACAAACAAUCGACCGUGAGAACAACCACUCCAUGUUUGUUGAAGUCCUUGAGUUUGUUUUAAUAGAUCCCCUUCCCAAGUUUCCUUAUUUCCUGAGUAACCUGAAUGUGUAGUGCUCCCUGGUUUGAGGUAGAUUUUGCAAGAGCAGGUUGAAAUGACGAUGGUAGUCGUACUAAGAAGAUCUCGUUUAAAAGAUGACUGGAAGGUAUCAACAGGAAAUUGGGUCAAACCAUGGAUCAAACCAAAGAUAAGAAAGGGGAUCAUACAAGGCAGGGUGCUACAUAAGCACUUGCCCGAUUGCCCGGGGCAAAGAGUCAUACAAGUAUUUCGAAGUAAAGACCAAAACUACUUGCCUGAAUUGGGCAAGCAAUUCUCACAGUAGAAUGACCAAAAUUAGGGUUGAUAUGAUAUAUUGACCUUAAUUUUGGUCAUGGCAGGCAAGAUAAAAUCACUUUGGAAAAGAAAUGCACUAACAAAGUAGAUCAGUUCAUGUCAAAAGAGAGAAAAAGGUCAAUGGUUUAUAAAACCACAAAAUUUUCUUUUGAAGAGGUAAAACAUUUUUUCUUUCAAUUUUUUCAGGCUAUUGUAAUAGAUUUUUAGGCAAGUAUAAUUCAACGAUUGAAAAAUGUACAUGUCCGAUUGGGCAAGUGCUUCUAAAAUGUUAUGUAGCAUCCUGUACAAGGCUUAAUAGGACAGGGAAACAGGGCUUAUUAAAGAGAUAAAUACGAUAAUGUGAAAAUAUGCUUAUUUUUAAGUUGGUACUUUGGUAUAUUGGCAGAAAAGGGUAUUCUUUAAUGAGAUGAGACAUGAAUAUAUUCAGAUCUUUAUUAUUAUUAUCAUUUUCAGAUGCGGAUUCACGCAUAGACGUGAUUAUAAGAUGAAUUUUGAGGAUUUCAGAUAGUUGAAGGAAAAAAAAAUCAUAACUAAAUUAAUUUUGCUUGAAUACAUCGCCAACCUUCGUUUUCUUCUGUUGUCUUUUUGAAGGAUUAAUCUAGUGACACGUCGUCAUUUUGGAAUGGGAAGUUUGCAUGUGAAACGGAAAAGCAUUUCUGUAUUCUCUAGUCGCCCACUCCCUUGUAACCUUGUAUCAUAUUGAAUGUGUACCCUAAUGCAAAGAUUCUUUCAAGUGUAGUGAUGAAAUUUGUUUGGAUAUGGCAGAAUCUC